UACUGUGCAGUCGCAACGUUCGAUUGUAUUUAAAAACAAAAUGCAGUGCCUUCAGAAAAUAGUUUUCUUUUCAAUUUUUACAUGCAGCCUGCUUGAAUGUGCGAUAAUAUCAGCUGGUAAACGGCAUCAAUCCAAGACCACUAAAGUACAGACAUCAACGCCUGUCACGAGGGGUCUCCGGUGCUACAACUGUCUCUCACACGACCACCCCGGCUGCUGGGACCCCGCUCAUCCGGACCAUGCCAACCUCACUAUACCAAAUAUCGACUGUUUUAUUCCCGGCAUGACAUUCCAUUGCAUCAUUAUCACUGCAGAGUCCGCCAAAUUAGUGGAAACGGGACAGGACAUCGGUCCGGUGCGGGCCAGGACGUGCGUUCCAGCCAGUAAUUUCACGAAGCGCCGAGUCCCGUACUCAAUGUGCAACAAGCUGAGUCUAGAACUGUCUGCUUCGGAGAUAUUCUCGCGAGUGAAUGUACUUAGGCCGUACUGUACUCUAUGUAAGAAGGACUUGUGUGUGGACGCUCAGCAUUGCUAGGGUGGUUGAAUAAAUAUGAUAGGCGCUG